AAUGUUGGUUUGGUGAUACUUUUGUGGCCCUUGGUAUUUUUGAUUUGUAAUCUUGCUCUGGUUACCCUGGAUGAGAGUGUGUGGACAAAAAAAUAUGAAGGGUAUUUGUCUUGGAUGAUCAAAUUGAGGAAUGCAAUACACCUUUCAAACAUGGCUGUACCCACGCUAGCCAACUUCACACCCUUCAUUCUGACGCUAAUAUCUUUUCUGCUGUUAAUCUGUUCUCUGUGUAAACAUCUCAAAAAUAUGCAGCUCCAUGGCAAAGGAUCUCAAGAUCUCAGCACCAGGGUCCACAUAACAGUGAUCUCCUUCCUCAUGUUAUUUGGCAUUUAAUUCUGUCUGAUCACAUCAACUUGGAAUCCUAGGACACAGCAGAGCAAACUUGUAUUCCUGCUUUGCCAAACUCUUGCAAUCAUGUAUCCUUCAUUCUACUCAUUAGUCCUGAUUCUGGGUAGUAGAAAUCCAAAACAGACCUUUCUUUUCAUUUUGUGGCAGGUGACAUGCUGA